UAAAUGUCCCAGUCACAGUUUUCCCAGGGACUGGCUAAAAAGCUUCUGUUGUUUCAUUCCUUCUGCGCCUCUUGCUACCUCCAACUGAGGCUCCAGGACAAGGAUGUGGGAGUUGCGUUCCUUAGCCUUCUCUCGGGCUGUCUGUGCAGAGUUCUUGGCCACACUUCUCUUUGUCUUCUUCGGCCUGGGGUCAGCCCUCGACUGGCCUCAAACUCAAUCCUCUGUCCUGCAGAUUGCCCUUGCCUUUGGUCUGGCCAUUGGCACACUGGUGCAAACUUUGGGGCAUGUGAGUGGAGCUCAUAUUAACCCAGCUGUGACUGUAGCCUGUCUGGUGGGUUGCCACAUCUCUUUCCUCCGGGCUACUUUCUAUGUGGCUGCCCAGAUCCUGGGGGCUGUAGCUGGGGCUGCCCUUCUCCAUGAGCUUACCCCAUCUGAUAUCCGGGGGAAUCUGGCCAUCAAUGCGCUCAAUAACAAUACCACUGCUGGCCAAGCUGUCACCGUGGAGCUCUUCUUGACCCUGCAAUUGGUCCUAUGUAUUUUUGCUUCCACUGACAACCGUCGAGAGGACAACAUUGGCUCUCCAGCCCUCUCUAUUGGCUUCUCAGUGGCCCUGGGCCACCUUUUGGGGAUCCACUAUACUGGCUGUUCCAUGAAUCCAGCUCGUUCCCUAGGUCCUGCAAUCAUCGUGGGCAAAUUUGAUGACCACUGGGUCUUCUGGAUUGGACCUCUUGUUGGUGCCAUUCUGGGAUCACUCAUCUACAAUUAUCUCCUCUUCCCUCAUGCUAAAAGCCUCUCCGAAAGGCUGGCCACCUUGAAGGGGAAGGAGCCAGAUGUAGACUGGGAGGAAAGGGAGGUGAGGAGGAGACAAUCGGUGGAACUCCACUCCCCCCAGAGUCUGCCUCGGGGCAGCAAAGCCUGAGAUUCCUUUGGCCCUCCACCUUCCCUCGCCCCACCAGGCCUUCUGGGGCAAAGAGAAUGAACCCCAGAGAUAGAACAGCUAAAGGAACCUGGAGCUGUUGACUGGGGGGGAAGGGUCAGCGCUUAUGCCCUAAACUGGAGGGGGGAAUCUCCCAUCCACACAUUACUUUCCUAUCUGGAUAGGAGACAACCUGCCUGCUCCCACCUGCAUUCUCAUCCUUCCAAGGCCAGAAGGUGGCCCCAGUAAAGGAUCAGAAAGUUUACUGCACAGGAUACAUAUUGGGGAUGAGGGAGGAGAGCAGCAGGUCCUGGUAGGUGUAAAAAGAGGGAUGAGGCAAGGGAUGAGGUCAGCAGAAGAAGUAGCAAGAGCUGCUGAGUUAUUAGUGAAAAAGAAGCUUGAUAAGUUCCCGAAUUUGACCCUAGAAGGCAGAGUUAAUUCCCACCUAUUUCUAUAAUUCUCCCUGCUUUCCUUAAGAUGGCUCAGACCCUACAAAUCCAUCUCCCCUCAGUUCUCCAAGUAUUUUGAUUCCCUUAACUACAGCUAAGAGCCCAGGGGCAGAGGGAUAUUAGAAGCUAAGUCAUCACCUUCUGGUGGGUUUGUGUUUCUGGGAUUAUGUGUAUGUAUAUGUAUGUGUCUGCACAUUACUUAUGUAAUAUAUGUGUCUGCACAUUA